CUACUGAUGAUGUCAUGACCAUAACGUCACCUUCAGUGAGUACCUCUUUGGCCACCAGAUCCCAGCUCGUCCUUUAACUUGCCCAAACACCCGAACAAAACACAGCUUUCCUACCAAAACAAUGCGAAUCUUUUUGACCUUUACUACUUUAAUCAAUCGAAAUUCGUAAAAUUUACAAUCAGAACACACCAUAGGAACAUCCUCAAACAUCCAACAAUGAACCGCUUCUCCUCUCGCACCCUUUUCCGGGCCAUCGCAGCGCCCCUCGCCACCCUCCCAACGGGCCGCAUCGCUCCCCUCCACACCACCCGCUAUCUCCAAUCCACCGGCGGCUACGGCAACAGCACAACCUCGGGUCAAUCCACGGGCACCUCCUCCCCAAAAUCCUCCGAGGACGCCUCCGCCCAAUCAGGCGGCUCCCGCUCCAAAGAAGCCGUCGAGACGGGCUCCUCGCCCACCGGCGGCCAGAUCCCCAACGCUCCCGAAGGGAAGAAGUCGUCCAGCAGCAGCAGCAGCAGCUCCGGUCAGUCCAACACCUCAACCUCAAACACCGACGACAAGUUCGCCAUGCCGGAUGCUCUAGCGAACGGCGACGCCCGCGGCCGCACCGGUGGCGGCGAGCCCCUCUCGAGCUCCCAUCGGAGCGCACCGCCCCAGCCCAAGAUUAGCAAUGCUAGCGUGCCCGGCGAGACACCCAAUCUGACCAAGGAGCAGCAGGCCGAGGUGGACGAGCAUAAUAAGGACUUUGAGAAUAAGCAUGGGAGGGCGGAGCCGGCGGAGGACGAUAAGGUUAACCCCAAGUUUUGGGGCGGUGGUGGGAGGCGAUUGAAGGAGGACUAAGUUAGGUUCGGAGUGGACGAUGUUCGGGAGAUGGUGUUAAUGGACAUGAAACGGAGCUAUGGAACGAAGCCAUGAAAGGAAGCUAUGGAAUGAACACUUAGGCGUCCGUAGUGGGGGCUACACUGUGAAUAGGGUUGAAGAUAGAUGGUUGUGUGUUUGGAGCCUUGGCCAGAUGGUCAGCACUCUGGUCCAAGAAUAUCGCCUUUCCUUGCGGUGCUACCUACCUACUGAUACGGGCAAUGCAUGCAUGGAAGUUCAAGUGUACUAGAGGUACUUAUGACGGGAGAAUAAACGUCAAUAGCGGUUCAAUGGAUG